AUGAUCGUCGAUUUGGUUCAAUCGGUUUUACAAGGGGAAUGGGCCCAAGUUCGCCAGUUGCUAUUCAAACACUGGCUUGUUCAAGUUCCACAAGUAUUUGAAAUAAAUGAAGAUAUACCAUGGGACAAUACGGGUGUUAAGGAGAAGUUGCUUGGCCCUUCAGGGCAAUUAUUGUUCUCCCCUAUCGUCAGUGCAUUUUUGUUAGAUGUUCGUAACACAAAAAGUGAUUUGGGAGGAAUGAACGAAAUUGCUGGAGUAGAUCCAUCGAAAACAGGCAAAAUUUGUGGUCAUGUUUUCAAAAACGUAGAGGAGACGUAUACCUGUCUGGAUUGUGCUACAGAUAAAACAUGUGUCAUGUGUCUUCCAUGUUUCAAAGUAUCCAUUCACAAAUCGCACAAGUAUGAGAUGCGCUCUUCAUCCGGAUCAGGUUGCUGUGAUUGCGGCGAUGUGGAAGCGUGGCUGGAAGGAUACGCUUGUGCUAACCACAAAAAGAAAGACGACGAUGAAACAUUUACCCUAGCUCCAGAAUUGAAAAAACGCAGUGAGCAACUGAUUGAAAUUAUUCUACAUUUUGCUCUUUCAAUGCUUACACACAAUGACGAUCUCAAACUACCCGAUUUUUUCGAAAAGUUGGAGAUAGAAAGCUCAACUGACAAUCAGCAAUGCUUAACAGUUUUGUACAAAAAUGAAACGCAUUCAUAUGAAUCUGUUCUCAAAGUGUUAGAACUGUACUGCACUAAAGAUCAGGCAAUGUUUGUUGAAACAAUCGUUGAUCGAGAAGGCCGCAGUGCGGUGAAGCUGGGGAAUAAAACUGAUUGUACAAGAGCAAAAGAUGAUCAUCAUUUACCACUCAGUUUCAAAAAGAAGUUCUUACAAAAAGUGGUUUUGGAAGAUUCCAAAGAUGAUGGAGGUGUGAGAAACGAAAUUGAUGCAAAUGAAGGAGCAGAGGUUUUCAAUUCAGUAACAACGAUUGUUGAACAACAAGAAUCGACCAUCGAAAAUUCAUCGUUCACAAUGCUGGAAAAUAUUCUUCUGCAGGAUACCCAAAUAUGA